AGCCAGGAAGGAAGGAGUGGCUGUGUACCUGUCAGGUCCUGAGGGGAGUCUUCGUGAUGUCACUCUGAUGUCAGCGAGCUUGUGCAACCUCAGGAGAAGGAGGAGUGCAGAAGUGUGAGGAACUAGCAGAUUAGAGAGCAGUCCUGCAGAACCCCCUGCCUGUGCCCAGGAGAGGACCGCUCACCCUCUGACUCAGGAAUCAAGAGCUCCUUGUGCUCUGCUCCACACCUGGGGGAGAUCCCCUCCAAAAUACAGGAAAUGGCUCUUCUCAGCGGCUUCCGUCCAUCUGGGACCAUCUUGGCUUCUGCAUGGCUUAUGUCCUUCUUCACUAAUAUGGCCAAGGCUCAAACCGUACCUACAGGCUGUGGAGAAGGAUUAGACCCAAUCUAUUAUUACUUAUGUGACCUGUCAGCAGCAUGGGGCAUCGUCCUACAAGCUAUAACCAGUGCCGGCAUUGUGUCUUCCUUCAUCCUUACCAUUGUCUUGGUGGCCAGCGCCCCCUUCAUUCAAGACAAGAGGAAGAAGAGCAUGCUGGGAACUCAAGUGUUUUUCCUUCUUGGCACACUUGGACUCUUUUGUCUUGUGUUCGAUAUGGUGGUCAAGAAGGACUUCUCCACUUGUGCUUCUCGAAGGUUUCUCUUUGGUGUCUUGUUUGCCAUUUGCUUCUCCUGCUUGUGGGUCCAUGCAGGGAAUCUCAACUAUUUGGUGAGGAAAAACACCGGGCCAAGCGGUUGGUGGAUUUUUGGCAUGGCUAUUGCCCUAUCACUGGUGGAGGUGAUCAUCAAUACAGAGUGGCUGAUUAUUACAGUUGUACGUACUCCUAUUACUUUGGGUCAGCCAUGCUUUAUUGCCAAUGAGGACUUUGUUAUGGCGUUGAUAUAUGUGAUGUUUCUCAUCCUUGCUGGAUUUGUGACCGCCUGGCCAGCCUUGUGUGGACGAUAUGGUCACUGGAAGAAACAUGCAGUCUUCAUUCUGCUCACGCUUUUCUUAUCCGCUUGCAUUUGGAUCGUGUGGAUCGUUAUGUAUGUGUAUGGAAACACUCGGGUUGGAAAUCUUUAUUGGGAUGACCCAACAUUGGCCAUUGCUCUGGUAUCAAAUGCCUGGGCUUUUGUGUUUUUCUAUAUCAUCCCUGAGAUCUCCCAGUUGACCAAGCCAAGUCUAGAGCAGUCAUUUGAAGAAGAAGUUUACCCUGCAAGAGGGGUUGGUUACGAAACCAUCCUGAAGGAGCAAACAUCCCAGAGCAUGUAUGUGGAAAACAAAGCGUUCUCUAUGGAUGAGCCACAGCCUGCCAAGCGCCCGGUAUCUCCGUACAGCGGGUACAAUGGACAGAUCAGGAGCAGCGUAUACCAGCCCACGGAGAUGGCAUUAAUGAAUAAAAAUCCGACAGACUUUCAGUAUGAUGUAAUAAUUCCCAGAGCCACUGCCAACUCUCAUCCGGCUGCCAGCGGAAACUCCACACUGAGAGCCGAGGAUGCAUACGCUGCACAGAACCAACACAGUACAAAUAAUGGACAGGCAAAUUCUUCUCCCUACAGUCAGUGGUGAGGUCCAUUUUCGGCAGCCUCCAAAGCUGGACCCCCACCCCCCCUCCUCCUCCUCCUC